ACUUGAUUCCCGCCAACGAAAAGGAACCCAAUGGCGUAUUGGCGCUGGCGCCAAACACAAAUCGCCCAAAAAUUUCCCCCCUAAAUAUACAGUGUAAAAUCGAAUCCAUAUAGUUUCUUCUUCUCCCUUCCAACACGCGCCUGGCGGCACAAACCUGAGUCGACCAGGUCACGGGAACUAUCUCACCUCCGUUUCCAACCUCUCAUCGGCGGCUGAUUCCCGAUCCGCGGCAGCUGUGGUUCUUUAAGUUAUCGUCCAAAUGGAAUUGAGGAGCUCCAAUCACUUCCAUUACAUUAAUGAAAUCAAAGGUGGUAAAGUGACGAAAGUCCCAAAUGUCUUUCGUGGAAAGCCAGCGCUCAAGUUCAAGAACCUCCAAGAUGUGUACGGGGAUUUGAGGAACGCCCCUAAUUCACCUGCUAGACGUCGACCAAAACCUAAUCUCAAGGAGCUGCCAGAAAAGCCUGAUCUAGGCGGGCGUGAGGUUAAGGUUGAAAAUCUACAGAGGUUUGAGGGAAGUGGAUCAGAUAUUGAAAGGGAGAGUGGGGUUUCUUCCAAUAGUAACUCAAGAGAAGCAGCGGAAGAGCAUAAGAAUGAUGACGAUAUUGAUUUUUGUUGUCUUACACUCGAGCAACUCAGGGUGAGAUGCAUAGCAAAGAAACGAAAGCGUUUCAGCAAAGAAUCAUCGACUGGAAAUAGCUUGUCAGGAGCCGAGGAAGAUGAUUGUGAUCUGAUGGAGUGCCUCAGCAGUUGGAGAGCCAGAAUAGCUCAGAAAAGGAAGGUGAAUCAAAAGAAGAAGAAAAUGAGCGACUUAUGUCGAUUCAAACCCGCCCUAGCAAUCACCAAGUUUGAAGAUGUACAGAGCAGCGGUGAAUACCCAUGUCAGUCCGACUCAAGUUUAGCUUCAGAUAUUCAUGUGAAAGACGAGGUUUCUGAGAGUGGUCACGGGGAUUGCCAAGCUAUGGUGUUAAGUGACUGGGUAGAGCCACUUGCUUCAUUUGGGUUGACUUCUGAUGAUGAAGACCCCAGCUUAAGCUCCGGAAGUGACUAUGAGAUUCCUGAGACUAGACAUGCAGAUUGCCAAGCUAUUGUUGUAGUUCACUUAUUUGAUAGCUCUAAUGGUUUGGUUGAGCCACUUGCUUCUUUACAGUUAGUAUCCGAUCGAGAGCCCGGCUCAAGUUUUGGUUGUGAUGUUGAGAUGGGAUUGUCCAUUAAGUCUCCUACUGAGCUUCUGUUUUUGGAAAACUAUGAUUCUAAGGAGUCUGAAGCGGCUAAAACUUCCAAUGACAUCAGCAAUGAGCUUCAAUGUUGUUCUGUUGAAACUGAUCCUCAGAGUGACAAGCUUGAAAAUGGGUUGCGGAACUAUCCUGUUAGCAAAAAUUCUUAUGAACAUUUGGAGGGUCUUCCGGAUUUGGAAAACCUUGAUUCCGAGACUGAGGCUGCAGCAGUUAGAACUUCCAAUGACAUCAGCAAUGAGGUUCAAUGCUGUUCUGUCGAAACUGAUACUCCAUGGGACGAGCUUGAAGAUGGGCUGCAAAACUGUCGUGCUAGCAAAAUGUCUUAUGAACAUUUGGAGGAUCUUGAGGCAUCACCUCCCAGUUCUAGGAGUGCUUCAAGUGAAGAAUCCGAUACAGACAAAGAUCAUGAUGUAGCAGUAGUUGCCAUUGAUGGUCUGAAAGACUCGGGUGCAGAAGCAAUGGUGAAAGAUGAAGAAGAGGAAGAAACAAAGGCGGUUCUUCAGCAGUUAUCAGAUGUGUCUUUGUCACAGUUGGAGAAAGAUGAUAUGGUCAUUGAUUCACACCUGAGUGGUGAGUUGGACAAAGUAGUCUCUCCAGUUAAGGAUCCUUGCUCAAUCGUACACGAAGACUCCAAAGAUGGGUUGCAGAAUACUAGGACUGCCGCCAGCAAUAUCGAAAUCACUACAAAAGCUAACACAGUAUGGAUGGUGGUUGAUUCAUGUCGUUUUGAGGGGGAAGCCAAAGAUGAAAGCUCCCAGUUAGAAACCACGGUUGACAGUUGCACUAACGCAAUAAGUGACGACCAAGUUCAGAUUUUACAUCCAUUUCCAAGCGCUGGCGAUUCUUCUGCUAACCUGGCAAUGCGAUCUCCAUCAUUUCCAAGUGCUGAUAUGGAAAGGAGCAGUUCUGAUCAGCCAGUUAAGUUAGUUGGGGGUGAGGACUCCGAUGCCUCUGAUCACCAGUGGCAUCCUACUGAAAGGCUGCUUUCAGCAAGGAAGGCCAUCUCUCCAACUUCCCAGGAAAAGCUACGGAAAGCCAUGGAAUCCAACGAGUUAGAUGAUGAGCAAUUAUACAAGUUUGCAAGGAAAUUAUGCUACGGAAAGAAGCAGCCGGAGAGAAAAAAUAGCCGGCCUGAUGGGGUGAAUCAGGCCAAGAGAGCUGCUGAAAACACAGUCAGUCCACAGCAAUUGAUGAGGAAACUCAAGAACCCUAAACCCAUUACUCCUCCUAAUGAUGCCCCCAAGGCCAUUUCUCGUCCUGUUCGUGCUCCGAGCUUCAGUACAGGGUGCACCUCAAUACAAAGCUGUUCAGAGAGCACCAUCUCGUUCUCGCAGAACCAGAUGCGUGACUUUGAAUCCAUGGCGACCAAACUCACCAAGGAGUUGAGGUCCAUGAAGGAAAUUGCUGAAGCAACAUUGCACGGCAACCCAUCCGACUCCCCCAAAUAUACCCACCAAGAGGCGAGUAGUGCCAUAGAGAAAGCAGCAAGAGUGGAAGACAAUGCGCGAAGAUGGCUCUCCACAAUGGCAAGGGAUUGCGAUCGCUUCUGCAAACUAAUGAAAUUGGCCCAGAACGGUUCCGCUCCUCCAGCAGCAAAUGUCGUCGUCGUCCAGAAGGAGAAGAGGAAGAUAUCAUUCGCCGACGAAGCUGGCGGCCAGCUCUGCCACGUCAAGACUUUCAAGAGCGAGGUCGAGUUCAUGGGGCCGGUUCAUGUUGUUGAUUGAGGGAAAAACCUGGGGCCAUGGACACUUUCUCUCCUCAGCGCAUGCUGUACUUGUAACGUUGUUGUACGUCCAUUCUCUUGAUUCACAUGAAUGCAACAAAAUUACUUCACGGUUACAGGCUAGUCUCAAAAGGAUAGUGGAAUUGCUCGAAUCGAUUGUUGUUGUGACUUGUGAGUUAGCUUUCUUUCCCGCAUUUUUUUUAAUAAAAUUGUAAUUUAGUUCGUUAAUCUCUUGUAAAUAGUCUCUAUGCUGCUGCAGCCUGCAAGUGAUUAUGUGACACUUGGUCAUAUUUAAAUGAGCUGGCCGUCCUGUUUUGUUUCGUUUCCCAGAUUUUGCGGUGUAAAUACUAAAUUCCAAUACUACGGC